CCACCAUAUUGAGAUUUAACUUUAAAAUGUAUUUAGAAACUCCGUUUCAUAUUAAGUUUUUCGAUGUAUGCUUUUUUUUCAUGUGCAACUGAUGAAGACGAUCACGACGCUGCAUAUUUGAUUGUUUGAAAGUCUGAAAUGAAAGUGCCUCGGCAGCAUGCUGACUCCCCUCCACUCUCCUCUCCGACUGCCAGGUUUUCCCCGGGCCAACUUCAAUCUCAGAGUGCUAAUUGUUUUCUCAGGUCUCCGUGGAUUGAAUUCCCCCAGCCCCAGGUUCACAUUACUGCAAUUUCUUCGUUUAUUCUUCCAUUCUUCUCGCUCUCUAACUGCACAUUUUAAUCCGAUCUAAGAUUGCAAGUAUGGACCGCGGCUGAUCCCAAAAUUGCAUGAAUCACUCGGCUUAAAGCCUCUGCACAAUCGAUUUGCACGCUAAUUUUGGCGACGUGCAGACAUUCGACUUUGACAAAAUAAAAACCGGAAAAAAGACAGCAACACAGAAACAUUGUAGGCUGGCGUGUCGAGGCAUUUUCAAUUUUCCAGCGUAUUAGUCAUCGCCGCUCUAAUCGGCCAAAAAACCGGGGCCUUAAACUGUAACUAGUUUUCGCCAACGCUCUCUGAAUGGGAAACUAAUCCGCCGAGCGUCAUCCUGAGCGAGUCCGAGCCUUGGCUAAAAUUUGUAUCUCCAACUCCGCUGGACGGAGUGAAAGUGGACAAAAAAAAAAAGGAAGAGAAAAAACUUCAACUGCAGACGCGUGAAACAAUUUUUUAUGUUUUUCUUGGCUCUGUACACGGCUUUUAUGUGUUUUCCAUCCACUUAUUCAAUUUGCCAUUCACUGCACACAAGUGAAGACGAGCUUAACCCUCUGAGUGGCAAACUUUUGCCCCCCGCACCGCUCUUAACACUCUAAAGCCAAUGGCGCAUUUCGUUUUUCAUUUCUCGACUUGGACUCUCUUCAUUUUCUUUUAAUGCGUGCCAGGCACGUUAAAAUAAUUGUAAAAGUUAAAUUAUUAAUUGAGCCCCGGAAUGGUCAAAAACAAUGGCGAAUGCUAAAUGCUCUUUGUCCCAAGUUAAUUUGCUGUCCAUUCGGGUUUUUUGUCCAUGUUUUAGUUACCGUUUGGGGGCAGGGUAUAAAGAAACUUUCACUCACUGCUUGCCAAAAUGAUAUAUGCAACAGGUACUGCCGCCGGCGCUUAAAACCGAUCCGAAACGCAGCUAAAAAUCCGCCAAUUCGGAGGAUAUCCGGACCAACAAACUUACGCAUUUCAACCAGGCCCAAAACCCGGCCCAUUGUCUUUAACUCUUCACUUUUCUCUCCGCUUAUUGCCCUCUUUGUUUCAGCCAACGUCUUAGAUUUUUGGCUUUAAUUUUGAUUCCACUUUUUGGCUUUUGCUUUUCAUUUUGCAUUUCGUCAGCAGCGACAGAAACUUGUUGUGUCAUACAUAAUUCUGUUAUUGUUUUAUUUAAUUAGCUUUUUUUUUGUCUUUUUGGGUGCGCUUUUUCAGCCGACCGAACGCUUUUCCCAACUCGCAACGACAGUCAUCGUGCGGAGAAUUUCAUUUGGCCCCCGGUUCCUUUGUGGGUCAUGAUAAGCAAUCACUUUCCACGUGCCCAAUUCUGGCUUAUUUGCAUAUUUAAUUGUGGGUUGACAUUUGUCCAGGAAAGUUCUCCACCCGCCAAGGAAAGUGAAGAUUCAGUGAGAGUUUAGGGGGAUCGCAAAUAAAAACAAUGUUAUCUCUUUUAUCUCUAUUUUUUUAAAUCAACAUAUUUUGCAUUAAUUAAUUUCUUGGCAAAGAGUAAAAUAUAACCCUACUUAUAACCGAUACCUGUUUGCUUAGUAUUAAACCCAUACAUUUUCCGAGUAAUUAACAACCCUAUCUUGCUUACAACUAUAUCAAAUUAUCGGGGCACAAGCAUCUCUUUCCCUCCACAAACUUUCCCAACAUUUGCCACCUGCCUAGGGAUAGACAAUAGCUCUCUCUGCUCGCUCCUCUGCCGACGUCGACUGCGAGGUUCCCACGCCCAAAUUAUUUGCACAAUAUGUAGCCAGAGUUCCAGUAAAUUCCAAUUCAAUUCAGGCGACUGGUUCGUGUUUUCCCAACCCAGAGAAGUAAGACAACAUGGAAUGGCAACUGAUUUUGGCCCAACCAGCGUUUUUAGCUGUUUGUGGAGCACUCAAAGCCAUUGUCGACUAUUCCAGUAAGCCGCUGACAAACCGUUAAUGUGGCGAAUUGACUUGCCGAGGAAUGGAAAAGAAAAAAAAGAAAAAAAAAACAUAUUUAGUGGAGUACCCUAAGGGGGGCUGCCCCUCCUCGCAAUAAAGCCAAUUUCUGCAGCUACCUCUAGGAUUUUCUCUGUUUUUCUAUCUCUCCAAGGCAUGGAAUUUAUUCCAAUUGUUUUUUUUUAGCUUGAAUUUUUCACUUUAGAAAUUUUCCCAUUUACGCUUUUUUGCCAGCCAUUAUUUGCCCCGGUCGCUUCACUAUUGAUUCCGCCCAGUAGUCCAUUGUGACUACCUCGAUGCUUGCCGAUACCAAAUCGAAGCGCUUACAGAACCUUAAUUAGUAUUAUUACCAACGAAAACAAUUUGCCGGGCUUUGUCCAUUUCAUGUUGGGCAUUAGCCUCGAUUUCAGUUCUAUGACAGGGCGGGGCGGUUAAUUUUUGCUCUUUGUAUUAGCUGCUACUGUGCACUAACAAUGGCUUCCAUUAGAACUAUCUCCUGUUUUCACUUGGAAAAAAUUAUAUUGAAAUUGGCAGUAGAUUGAUGGGAAUUGCAAACUAAGGCAUAUAAAGUUGAAAGCUUUUUUUUAUAAGAAAUUUCUUUGAAUUGUUUAAUAGAUAGUUGAACCAGAUGCAUACAGUAACAUUGCGCCACCAAGAGUAGAGUAGUAGAGUUUUCUGAAAUAGAAAACCAAUCAGAACGCGAACUGAACGCAAUGCGGGAACAUGGUGACAACAAUUAAGAUAACCUGCGAUGGCGUCUUCAUCCAGUCCAACUCGUACCUCAUGCCCUCGUCUCCUACCAACGGAGCAGGUGCAGCAGGAUCGGCUUCCUCGGAUCGGGCACUGAAAUCUGCGUCCGCAUCGCCUUCCAAUUCGAACAACGAGAGCGACAAUUCGCAGACGAGCAGCGGCAGUCAGACGGCUUCGAGUACCAGCAAGCGGUCCAAUCGAUCGGUGGGCCAUCGGAGCCAUCGAGGAUCGGGAGCGCAGGACACGAGGCGACGCUACUACUUUGGCAGCAAGGACAUCUAUUGGUGCAAGCAGAGCCGGGAGGCAAUCUCGGAACCAGGAUCCGGUUUGGGACUAACGCGCAGCGCCAGCAGUGCAACACACAAGGAGGCGGCCACCCACGCCACCCACAGUGGUGGCCAGGUGAUCUCCCGGGCGCGCCGCAAGCCCAUCCUUCUGUGCAGCAGCUUGAGCGCCGCCUAUGCGCCUCCCCGCCGGCGGGAGUUCUAUUUCUGCGACAAGUAUGCACCAAAUACAGGACGAAGUACGCCGAAUACAAUAAGUUCACCUGCCAAAAACGAAUCCUCCCCGCCCAUCGAUGCUCGACUGCUAAACUUCCUACGCUGCGCCCAUCGCAAGUUCCAGGCGGCCAAAACCAAAUCCGAGCUCCAACACACCAAAGACAGAUCCCUGGGAAAUUCCCGGGAGAGGACAAGGAAAAACGGACAGCAAUCCUCGUGCUCGCUUCCGCCCAUCGCCAGCUCGGAGGAGUGGUUCGACGAGGAAGCCCUAGCCAGGGAAAACCAGACCAGCAAGGAGCGGAGCCAGAGCAAGGAGCAAGAGCAGGAUCAGGAGAAGAAGGAACCGCUCUCGAGGAAGGCGUCUGGCGAGGGCGAUCUGAUCACCGUCGAGAUCAAGCAGGGACCGCUGAGGAAGCCAAAGCAGCCGUCGCCAGCCAACGAAGGUGCAACCACGACGACCGGCACGGCUAUGAACAGCCACGCGACUGCCACGCAGAACGGACAAACCACGGUCGUCGGACACCAUCGCGGAUUCUCGCAGCCGUCGGUGACGGUGGCCGCUGCAGCGGCGACGGGCAGCACGGCCGGCGAUCCAUGGUUCCUGCAGACCACCGGCCACCAGAUGCCGCCCACCGCUCCGCUGCGGCACAACAAGCGUCCCGCGCCCCAACCGAAUGCGGUCCUGGGUGCGGGAUCCACUGGCGCUGGCCCUGCAGCCGGAUCGGCGGUGGGGGCGGUGCUGCUCCACCAGCAGCAGCUCAGCCAGUCGCAGCCGCACAUUGUGCCGCCCAGUAUACCGCCGCAUCACCACCACCAUCGCGAGAACAAUGUGCAUCCCAGCCAGGCGGGCGCGGCAGCUGCACUGCAUUUGUCAUCGCAUGCGCUUAAUAGUCAUAAUUUAAUCAGCAGCGCCAGCAAUCAUUCGCCCAAGUCCCCCAGCCAGACGCAGCAGCAACAGCAGCAGCAGCAGCAGACGGCGAGCCAACAGCAGCAGCAGCAACAGCAACAACAGCAGCAACAGGCUUCCCACAGCAUACUGUCCACGUUUGCGCCCGCCCCCACAGUGACCUCUGUGCAGCCGGCGGGAUCGCAGGCGAUAGCCGGUACCGCCGCCGCAGUGGCCGCCGUUGCCCAGCAGCAGCAACAGCAGCACCUCCAGCUGCUGGCCAACUGUGCGUCCGGCGGAGCGGGCCUGAUGUCCUCCUCGCUGAAUGCGGCCCAAAUGGCGUUGCACGGCGCCGAGCGGGCGCUGCCGCCAAAGAGUCUGGCGCUGAGUGGCAGCCAGCACGGCAGCAAUAUGCUGCUGCACACGGCCACCCAACCGACGCAGCCAUCCCAGGCGGCGCCAGUCGCCAGUGGCAGUGGCAGUGGGUCGGCGGGCAUGUCCACCUCGCUGCACAGCUUCGACAUCAAUGGGGCUGGUGCUGUGGCCAGCGGAGUUAAUGCGAGCAGUGCGUGGUCCAGCGGCUCCACCACGGCCAUGAACCACGCCUCCCUGUCGCCCACAGCGAUGGCACCGCAGCAAGGUCGUUCCCGGUGCGAGGUCAAGCUGAACGCCAUGCCAUGGUUCCAUGGCAGCAUCACGCGGGACGAGGCGGAGCACCUACUGCAGCCCCGUGAGGAUGGAUUGUUCCUGGUGCGCGAAUCCACAAACUUCCCCGGCGACUACACGCUCUGCGUUUGCUUCCAGUCCAAGGUGGAGCACUAUCGGGUUAAGUACCUGGAGAACAAGCUGACCAUCGACGACGAAGAGUACUUUGAGAAUUUGGGACAGCUAGUGGCGCACUAUGAAGCCGAUGCGGAUGGCCUGUGCACGCAGCUGAUUAAGUGCUUGCCCAAGUUGGGCAAACAAGAGUUCUGCAUCAACUCCAAAGAUUUCGUGGACAAGGGCUGGGUGAUCCCUGAGGCGGAGCUGCAGCUGCGCGAGAGCAUCGGCAAGGGCGAGUUCGGGGACGUGAUGCUGGGCAUACUACGCAACGAGAAGGUGGCUGUCAAGAUGCUGAAGGACGAGGGGGCCGUGCAAAAGUUUCUGGCCGAAGCCUCGGUCAUGACCACGCUGGAGCACGACAAUUUGGUAAAGUUCAUCGGUCUGGUCUUCACCAGCAAGCAUCUGUAUCUGGUUACGGAGUACAUGAGCAAGGGAUCACUGGUUGAUUACCUGCGAUCGCGCGGACGACAGCACAUAACCAAAAAGGAUCAAAUCAUUUUUGCCUACGACACUGCCUCUGGUAUGGAAUAUCUGGAAGCCAAGAAGGUUGUGCAUCGCGAUCUGGCAGCCCGCAAUGUCCUUAUCUCGGAGGAAUGUGUGGCCAAGGUAUCGGAUUUCGGUUUGGCACGCGAGGAAUGCUAUAAUCUUGACGUUGGCAAGCUGCCCAUCAAAUGGACGGCUCCCGAGGCGCUCAAAAAUGGGCGCUUCUCCAACAAAUCCGACAUGUGGAGCUUUGGCAUACUGCUGUGGGAAAUCUACUCCUUUGGACGCGUGCCUUAUCCCAGAAUUCCAUUAGCCGAUGUGGUGAAGCACGUUGAGGUGGGCUAUAAAAUGGAAGCACCGGAGGGCUGUCCACCGGAGAUCUACGAGAUGAUGCGCCAGGCCUGGGACCUGAAUCCCGCCAAGCGACCCACAUUCGCGGAGCUCAAGGUGAAGCUGCAGUUGCUGAACAAUGCCACGGCGUGAGGAGGUUCGGUGCCUCCUGGAUUGACGCCAGCGCGAUAGGAAGCAACUUAUGCGGAUUGUUCAGAGCAGCUGUCAUCGGAGCCAAGGGUAGAGCCAAUCCCUGCCAGAAACGAGCCAGAUCCAAAGCUGAAACUGACAUGACACCGACACUGAACGCAACAAUUUUUCGUACGAUUAUAUACAUACAUGAAUAUAUAACUACUUUACAACAAUUUAUUUACAUAUAUAAUUUAUGGAGUAAGUUUUGUAAGCCUAAGCGAAGGAACCCAACACAAUCAAGCAAUGUUAGUGAGUUGCGCCAGCUUCCGACAUAUAAUUAAUUGAUAACCAAUCGAACGGACUAUGGGAUAGCGAUGGAUUGGAGGAAGAGCAGCUGCAUAGCCUACCUACUAUUACUACCUUUAACUACCACAAUAUUAUGUUAUGUGUACACUGUAACUUUACAAGUAACUGUAGCUAUUUAUUAGUUAACUCCUUGGUUCGGACUCCACUGUAUCAUUUCUCUUCUGGAUUCGUAACCACAUCUGUAUCUUUAUGUUAUAGAAUACGCAUACAUAUGAGCGCCUCCUCAUCUUUUGGGGGCGCCUGUCUAAAGAAAUUGUUUGUAGAAUGUUUCCCUUUGAAAUCGUAGAAACGCCAAGUUUUAUUCGAGUUCCACACUUUUUCUGUUAACCGUUUCUGUUUGUAGCACAAAACUGAGGGAUGACCACAAAGAACUUGUCCAACAAGUCGUUGGAGAAGAGAACACGCUGAGAAUUAGUUAAAUUUAGUUACAUUUAUUUGUAUUGAAAAUCAAAAAACAAGCAAAAAUUAUGCAAAAAGAGAAGGCGAAAACUAAGCAAACGUAAACGAAGGCGACUGCGGUCGCGUGUCCUUAAACUCAAAAGAAUGAAAAGAAAAGUAAAGAGAAAAACACUUGUGAAAAUAUGCAUUACAUUAAAACGUCUAUACAUAUAAUACAAUACACAUUAACUACGUAUUUAGCAUAUGAAUCGAUUAAUAAUAUUAUACAAAUAUAAAUUAUUACGCGCAAAGUUCGUGGAUUUGUUCAUUAUUCGGUCCAUUCUUCUAACAAGGAAUCUCCUUCUCUGUACUCUAAAUCAGCUAGCAGAAAGGCAAAGGCAAAAUGUAAUUUAUUUUUUAAACGUACCCCGUAAUUUACUUAAUACCUAGUGCUUAUUUUAGUGUUCCCCUAAGAAACUUGUACAUUUAUGCGUUUUAAUUUGCGAUCAAGCGGCAGCCACUUUGCUUUAACACUUAAUUUUAGUAUACUUUAUGUAAAACACACCUAGUACACCAACACACCAAUACACCCCCUCACACAUACACACGUCCACAUGACAUACAUUUAAUUAAUUUUAAAGUUAUUAUUUUUUUAAUACACACAUCAAUCAAUCAAUUGUAAAAGAAAGUUCUACGCGUUAGCAAAACCCGGCAAAGACCACACAAACUUGCACCAAUACACAAAUCUUAAACGAGGUGAUUAAAGGAGGCAGAGAGUUCUGAAACUUUUAAUAAAAGUAAAGAAUACAAGCAUGAA